AUGAAUAAGAAAAAUUUAGGAUGGGACAUUGAAGAACAAGAAUACCUAGAUAGUUUAAUACCUGGCAACUUACCAAGGAUCGAGAAAAGACAUGUUGAGAGCAAGAGCCAUAGGAUUAAGUCCAUUCUAGAUUCAAAAAUUAUGAAAUGUUCUUCUUCUUCUGUCCAACCUACCUAAAAUAGUAAAUCAACAUAAAUAAGCACCUAAACUACUCAAACCGCAUUCUAAAAUACCCUUACUUCAUGUUUCUAAUCUCCAAUGACUCUAACAAGUUAUCCUGCAUUGAGAUAUCCUCCAUUACUAGAUGUUGCUCAUAAAGCCAAUAAAAAGUCAUCAGGACCAUUAAAAAGAAGGAAAUAUAAAUGCAGCAUAAUUAACUUAAGCCAGCCCUAAAUUUAAAGUCCACAAGUAACUCAUAAGCUCUUCAAUAUCAAUAAAUAUAUUUCAUAAAGACAUUCAUGUAUUAACUAUUUUUGA